AUGGCCUCCAUCACACCCGAGGAACUGGCCGCCCUCUUCAAGCGUCGUGGCCACUUUGACUCGACUCGUAAAAGCCUUCUCACCGACUUCCAGAACAGCAAAUGCAUUGACGACGACCCAACUCUACUCCAGCGCGAGAAGCCCGAAUUCCAUCAACUCAUGGUUGAGCGCAUCACAAAGUCCGCAGAAUACAAGGAUGUCCAACAGUUUGUCGAUUCCUUAUUGCAGCCCGCCCAGUACCUAAACAAGAUCGAGGGAACACUCAUGACUAUCGUCAAGGAGCAAACGCCACCAGGUAUCAAGUUCAAGGCGUCUGCGGAGCAGGACAAAGGAAAAGAUCACAAGAGCUCACGGAAGUCAAAGGAUUCAACAGCAGUCGACACUUCUUCGAAAUCUGAGGCGUUGCAUCCGUCUUCCAGGAGGAGCGAUACUCACGGAUCGACCGAAAAGCACAGUAAACAACUCACUGUUGUCAAAAAAGAACUGUCGUUGGAACUCCCGCCACGACCCCAGUCAAAACCAAAGGACCCCAAGCCAAUCCAGGAUACUACCGCACCUGCUGUCAAACGCGAAGCGAGUUCUACGGCGGCAUCACCCGAUGUUUCUGCGGAUCUUCCAAGGAAAUCGAGUGCGGGGAGCGGGAGCAGGGAAGGGUCGAGCCGAAAAAUUAUUCCCAAGAAGCGCAACCGGCGACAGAGUGUGGAUUCUAACUCUUCUCUGUCAAGCCCUCCUUCGAGUUCUGAGGGCGAGCCGGAUGCACAUUUUGGAGUCAAGGCAGGAAACCGGGCGCCGAAGCUGGUCAAGAAGACUCCAAGGGAUACCAGAUACAGUACUGAAGGCGACUUGAAAUCACAGGAACAGGAACGUUCGACGCUCAAUGGCAAUGACUCUCUCGAAAGUAUCGGUGCGAUGUCUGGGGUUGAAUCUGAUGCCGCUAUGGAUGUCGACCCCAAGCCUGACAUCGAAGGCGACAAGAGAGAGAAGGAUCUCGCCGCAGUAAAGCAGAAUGGCAUUGAUGAAGAUUCGAUGUCUAUGGUGAUCGAUCAAAAGGAAGGGUCGUCUGUAGCAAACGAAUCGGCAAAGGACAACUCAGAUCCUGCAGGACCAGUGUCAUCCAAGGGCGAUAAGGAAGACUCGACAACCGACGCGAACCUCAAAUCACCAGCAGCAAGCACCAAUCCUCUGGCAUCGCAGUCAAGUUCAGUGUCGUCAUCAGCACCCUCAUCACAGACCAAUUCCCCUGCGCCUUCAGGAACCGGAUCACAUCGUCGACGAGAGUCCGAGACGGCAGAGCGCAGGAAUCCAGAGCACCAUUCAUCACAGUCGAAAAGGACAGGGCAUCAACCCUUGCCGCUGCCACCUCGACCCAACAUUGUCCCACUGCCACCCAAACCAGCUUCCCUCUCACUUCACAGGAGAACCAGCCAUUCUCGCAAUUCGUCCUCAACAACCACCACUGUAGCUGCAGUCAGCACAAGCACUGCUGCCUCUGCCUCUUCGCCUAGUCUGCCCACCAUUCCCUCUGUUGGAUCACCAACAACCCCUAAUACGACUUCUCGCCAAAAUAGUGUCACACGGGAGCGACCCACGCUGGAUCGUCACGACUCGCGUUCAGGUCACUCGCACAUUCACCACCCACUUCCACCCCCUCCUCAUCUGCAGCAUCCUCUCCCUCCACCUCCUCGAGGAAGUCUGGCAGGAUCUAGGUCUCAGUCUCUCACGUCAAUUUCCAAGACUGCAGGUUCGACUUCACCCUCGUCUGCUUCCAGCCCAACAGUCCCUCCAAAACCAGUGAUUUCCACGUCUCAGUCAACAAUUGCGGGAUCGCCUUCGCGUCAUGGUACCCCGACCGCCACGACCCCCAAAUCUGCUACCUCACUGGUGUCGCCAGAUACUACUUUGUCUAAAAACUCGCCCAAGUCAGAGAACCAUGCAGGAGUAACCAAAACGGAUCACGCACUCAAACCUUCCGACUCGAACUCGUCUACAGGAUCACUGUCGUCAACUGGGUCGCUCUCAACCGCUGGAUCUGUGUCUGAGCUCUCGAUGGCAGCAACUUCACCCGACCUGACGACAGAGCGUUCAACUAUGGCAUCCCCAAUAGCGUCAUCAGCGAUCGUCGCCUCCGCUUCGCCGUCAAAGCUGUCCGCACCAGCAGAGGUGGCAGAACCAGAAGUGAAGAAAGAGGCGUCUUCGCCUGCUUCUGUGAAGACUUUGGUUGAUGAGACGACUUUUAAACCUGAAACUAAUCCAGCCACUCCUCCACCGCCACCACCACCCGAGUCGCCUGUUGCCUCGUCGGAUCCUGUCCCGCCUCCUCCUCCACCUCCACCAUCAUCACCCCCACCUCCACCGCCUACUUCCGAGUCCACUUCUACUACUUCGCCAGCUGCAACAGGAACUACAACGGCAGCACAACCAGACUCUACAACUCCGAGUGCCAACUCCUCGCCAGUGACGAAGUCCUCGCCUUCGCUAUCGAGCCUAGCAACAGCAACAGCGACAGCAACAGGAGCAGCUAAACAAUCGCCCUUGACCGGAUCCUCGGCGAGCACACUCCUCUCAACGAAAUCCAAGAGCUUCAGCCGGACGCCGAUCCCGCUACCCCAUAAACCUAUCCCGUUACCCCCACGUCCCAAUGCGCCUCCUGCCUCUGCGGCCUCGUCCCUCAAGAAGAAGCACAAGUGA